CAAGAAGUUGUGUCGUCUUCGCGCACGUGGAUAAGCGUCGGGUAACGCGUGAACUACAAGAUGGGUAAGAAAACAAAGACAGGAAAGCAGCGCAAGGACAAGUUUUACCAUUUGGCCAAAGAGACAGGCUUCCGGUCCAGAGCAGCGUUCAAGCUUAUUCAACUAAACCGCAAGUUCGAGUUCCUGCAGAGGUCCCGCGUGUUGAUCGAUCUGUGCGCAGCGCCUGGAGGAUGGCUUCAAGUUGCUCAGAAGUAUAUGCCAGUGUCCAGCGUCAUUAUCGGUGUCGACCUGGUGCCAAUAAGGCCAAUUCCGAACGUCAUCGCCAUCCAGGAUGACAUUACGACGGGUAGCUGCCGCACGAAGCUAAAGAAGGAACUGAAGACCUGGAAGGCCGACAUCGUUCUCAACGACGGUGCGCCGAACGUAGGUAAGAGCUGGGACCACGACGCCUACGGCCAGAAUGUCCUCACUCUGCACGCCGUCAAGCUGGCCACAGAGUUCCUUAACAAGGGAGGCUGGUUCAUUACCAAGGUGUUCCGUUCCAAGGACUAUCAGGCCUUGAUGUGGGUGCUCAAGAAGCUCUUCAAGAAGAUUUCUGCAACCAAGCCGCAGGCGUCGCGUCACGAAUCUGCAGAGAUAUUCGUUGUGUGCCAGUCGUACAUUGCACCCGACAAGAUCGACCCGAGGUUUCUGGACCCGGCUCACCUUUUCAGCGAUGUCGACACCGGAGAAGUGGCCAAGCUGAACCCGGCGCAUCCCGAGAAGCAGAAGCCGAAAGCUGAGGGGUACCCCGAAAAUGAUUACACUCUAUACCACAGGGUGCCUGUGAUGGACUUUCUUAAAUGUGAAAACCACCUAGAAGUGUUGGGUCAGUGCAGUGAAGUGGUGAUAGAUAACGAUGAUGUGCUGGCGCACCCACUCACAACACAGGAAAUCAAAGAGUGUUGCAAGGACAUCAAGGUUUUGGGCCGCGGAGACAUAAAAAACUUGUUGACGUGGAGAAAGAAGCUGAAGGCAUGGCUCGAAGAGAAGGAAAAGAAAGAAGGAGAAGAAACUGAAGAAGCAGGAAUGGAAGAAGUCGAAGAAGAAACUGAUGAUGAGGAGCUUCAGCUGCUCAAACACGCGGAGGAAGUAACAGCUGAACAAGCCAGGGAGUUAAAGAAGAAAAAGAAGAAAGUACUCAAACAGAGGAAUAAGCUUAGAGAGCGCAUGAACUUGCAAAUGGUCCUGAAGAAUGAUCAGGCUAUUGUGGAAGAAGAUUUGGAUCUAUUCAAACUGAAGGCUAUCAAGAAUGAAAAACAGUUGUCAAAUGUAGACGAAGUUGACGUUGGAACACUUGACCCUGUGCAACCACUUGAAGACGACGAAGAGGACUUGGAUCAUCGGAGAAAGCUUGUUUCUUACAAGAAGAAUGUCAUGAAUGAAGAUUGGUAUGCUGAGGAGGGGGAAGAAAAUGGUGAAGAUGAUGAUUCUGAUGAUGACGAGCAUGAAGAAUUGGUGUUUGAGAGUGAUGCUGAAGAAGAUGCAAAUUAUGAUGAAGAAGAAGAUAAUGUGCCCGAGGAUGAUGAGAAUCCCUUGCUUGUUGAUGUGGCUUAUGGUAGCCUUAAAAACAAGCGCAAGGAAAUGGGAAAAUUGUGGUUCGAAAAAGAAGCAUUUGCAGACAUUGAUGACGAGAAGGAACUACUAGAGUUGGAGAUGAUGUCUGAAGGAAAGGAAAAAAGUACAGCAACGCCUUCAAAGGCAUCAGCGGGCAAGCAAAAAGUCAGUAAAUUGGAAAAGAAAUCAAAGAAAGUCACAUUUGCUGAUGCUGUAGAGGUAGACACAACAAACAAAAGUGGGACAACUUCAACUGGUGGCUCACAGAAGAAGAAAAGCACAAUAAAAACUAGCAGUGAGCCACCAAAAAAGAAACAAAAAAGAGUAAAGCUGGAUCCAGAGGGCUUGGCUAUCGGCACAAUGAUGAUUAGGUCCCAGAAAGCAAAACGUGACAUCAUAGAUGCCGGUUUUAACAGGUAUGCUUUCAACGAUGACAAUCUGCCAAAGUGGUUUGUGGAGGAAGAACAGAAGCAUAGCAAAAAGAUGAUGCCAGAGACUGCUGAGAUGGUUGCAGAGUACAAAGCACAACUGAAAGCUGUCAAUGCACGACCCAUCAAAAAAGUUGCAGAGGCUAAAGCUCGCAAGAAGUUGCGUGCUGCCCGAAAGCUUGAGAAGGCUCGCAAGAGAGCUGAAACUAUCACGGAGAAGCUAGACAUGACAGAUGCAGAAAAAGCACAGCAGAUACGGCAGAUUUACAAGAAGGUCCUUGGCAAGAAAGAGAACGACAAAGUGACAUACUUGGUAGCCAAGAAAGCAACAGGGCGCAAAGUGCGGCGGCCACCUGGAGUUAAGGGCCGGUUUAAAGUUGUUGAUCCACGCAUGAAAAAGGACUUGAGAAAGAAAAAAGCAGAGAUGAAGAAAAAACGGUAGUCGUUGAGCCACUGUGCUUUAUGAAGAUGUCAAGUGGUGUUCUGCACAGGCAAUGGGAGUUGCUGAUGUGUACUGAAGUGUGCAUAUAGCCUGAGCAUUGUUGCCAUCAAGUCCGACUACAACCUUGCCACUUAAACUGUGGUGUGUUCUUCUGAUGUCCUAACUGUGACUGCUCGUUAUGGUAUUAUCAUUCUACUAUAAAGCAGAAAUGUGUAAAAAUAAAUUUGCUAUUUGUGCCUAAA